CACAUCUCUGCGUGUCUCUUUACUAUUCUUAUUAUUCAUCCUCUGUCCGCCGUGCAUAAUGUCUAUUUCCCAUUGUCGUGAUAUAUCAAUGCCAUUAUACACUCUUUUCGACUUCUCACGAUUAGCUUAAUUCAUGCCUAACUUCACCGUCGGGGACGAGAGAGACCUUGGGUAUCAUCAGUAAUAACCCUCUCUGGCUUGGCAUUUCGAAUACUACCUCGACCACGCAACGCACGCACGCGAGCGUGAUAGUUGCAGCACUUCCCAAAAGGAAAAACACCAUCUCCAAUUCUUUCCGCAUACAUACUUACAUACUAGUAUAUGCGAUUCCUGAAUUUGUUUUGAUUCCUUUUUGCAUAGGAGCCAAUUGCUUCCUAAUUUAUUUUAUUUACCAAGACCUCAAGGAUUGUACAUGGCAUCCUGACUGACAACGUCGAUUAUAUCGUGACGUCUUGCUCCUUGUCCCUAUUACGAUCGACAUGGACUGCUAGCAUCCUCGUUUCAACCCCGCUGUUAGACGCGAUCCUGUCGCCAGACCCGGUUCCCUUUCAGCGGUCCGAGCAAAUCAUUUCUGAAUAUUAUUGAAAGUCGGAUUUUUCUUUGUUUUUUUCUUCUUCUCGGUGUUCAAUUCCGCUGUUGCCCCCAACUGCUAGAGCUUACGGCAACCAUUACCGGAGGAGGAAAGUGGUUAAUGUUUCUUUUCGAGGAGGAUCAAUAUGGUCUCAUUUUUCGGGUUUAAGAUCGGUGGCGGCGACAAAAAGAAGAAGCUAGCCAAUGAAGCAGAUGCUUCACCAACUCAGCUGCGCCGAAAACACGAACAAGAUGCUGUGACGGGAAGACAGGAUGGGAAGCGUGCGCCUGAUGGGACCGUCUACUCAGUUUCUCGUCCCGACACGUCGCACACGUGCAAGAUCACAGCUACGCGGCCAGGAGCUUCACCGUACGGAUCUAAAGGCGGUGUUGCAGCGAUGAGCAUGUCCGAACUUACGGAUUCGAUUCACCCAAAUCUCAGGCAAUGGGUGUCGAAUCCUAACCUGGGCUCAAGUCGGUUCAAUGCCUCAACCUCAGAUUUAGCAGCAGUUCCGCCGGUGCCUGUGCGGAAUCCUUCUCGACCAGCUACUCCUGUGCAACAGAAACCAACGUGGAUGAACCCCCUCGAUAUGCAUUCUACUAGGGGCCCGACGUUGGCGGCGUUGUCUGCACCAAGAUCGCCUUUGGAUCAGUUCGGACUCAAACUGGAUAUUCCUAAUGACCAUGUUUCUAUCCAUGAAGGCGACGGAUCUCCAAAGGCCCCAAUGCCCCUACAGAUAAAGAAGCCGAGCCACCAGACCGCUGAAUCGCCGAAGAUGUGUCAAUCGCCAAGGAAGCCUCCAUCUCCUCCCCAGUCCGUGAAAGACAUGGAUAGGCAUAGCCCAAUCCGUGGACCGGCUGUGUUUAAGGAUGAUAUGUUCCGGCCCUCAAGCAGAGGUAGCCAAAGAAACGUGACCACCAAUCUCAAGGAAGUACAAAAUGCCUGGGAUAUGCCAACCUAUGGACCAGCGUCCAUCCCGUCGCCCGUAUCAACACCGCGGGGUAGUGAGGAGACGCCCACGAACAACUCGAUGCAUAUGUGGUGUGAACCGGUUAUUCGGUCAGUCGCGGCUAGGCGAGAUACCAUGACCUCCAUGACUCAUCAUAAAGUGAGUAUGCAAAUAAAGUUGGAAGAUCUUGAGAAAGCGUUUAUGGAUGAGCCGGAAACGAUGGAACCUGAAAUGCCCGGAUUUCAGACACGACAGCUUGCGCGACCCCCGCCGUUGAACCUCGACCCUCGACCGAGGACGCCAGACCGUGCCGGUACAUAUCCGCCUGCCCCGUAUAUGAUGGACCAUCGACCGUUUACGCCAACCGGCGAGAACUCACGCAGACCUACGAGGGAUAGAUCCGGACCGCCUCCGGGCGCUAUUGGUGCUCAUGGAAGACCUGGGAGGCCGAAUACCAAGAAUGUACGCCGACCCGCUGCGGAUGAAUACGUGAUCCAACCUUCGUCCCAGCCCCAAUCCCGUAGGGUAUCCCAAGAUAGCUCGCGUCCGACUUCCCCGGAUAGCCCUCUGCUGCCCCAGUCUGGUCCUCUAGCUAGCCCACGUUUCCUGCCGAUUGAUGCCCAACUCGCGCCGCCGCCGCUCAAAGGAGCUCGUUCUAAUCUGCAUAUCGCAACAUUUGCUCUGGAUGAUAAUGAGGCUGAGGACCAGCUCGUAGCUCCGUGUAUGGGACACCGCAACGCCCCGACGCCCGACGCUUCCCAAUGGCCCAUGCCUUCUCCCACGGAAUCUUCGUUCGAUGGCGCGCUAUCCUACCGAGGCGAGUCGCCCUUUGUUAGAGCUGACUCUCCGCUGGAAACUCCGCCACGUGUGCUGCCACAAGGCGUGGUCGCACGUUCUGAAUCGCCGUUCGGGUUUCGGUCUUUCAAUUUCAGCAGGCCUAUGACGCCUACGCUUGAGCAGCCACCGCUACGACGGGACAACACGCCGUCAUCGGGCAGGUUUCCGCGGAAUCCACCGAAGCGGUCCGAAACCGUGCCCGUGUCGCCUGGAUUUAGGGAUUACGAAAACUCACCGUCGGGCGGACCGAUACCACCUCGUGCGAACACGGUAACGGCGAAUGUAGGCCACGGGCUCAGGAGUCCGGCGAUCGUGGGAGAUGACUUCGGCGGAGGAUUCAUCUAGGCGCCUUUGCAUAUCCAUAAAGCCUGCAUUUCCAAACUCUUGCGUUCUGUACAGCUACUAGCGGGACCGGCGGCAACAUCGAUUUUAGGGCAUCACGGCAGCAUUCGUUUUUUUCAUCGUUUUCAAAAACCCCAUUUCCCUUUGUCAGGACACCCCAUAUAGCAUCGCAUUUGCAGCUGAGAUACCCACAUACCCCCUCUUCGCUGUUUCGAGGCUUUUGAAAAUUGGGCGUUUUGGAUCGGGACUGUUUAGGUUUAUUAGCAUAGCAUUGUCAUGUACAUCAUGUACCACCAUCAUUGUCAGCAUUUCUCGAGCAUUGGCGGAAUUAUCUUUUCUUGCAUAUAUCUAGCGUUUCAGCGUGUAUUUUCGGAGGAUGAAUUUUCUUUUCUUUAGAACCGCGCCUUGGGCGCCUGGUUAGGGGAGGCAGGUUCCUAUUUUCUGUUUUCUUUUUUAUAACACUGAACGUCUCUGUGCUGUAUUGUUUUACUGUAUUGUAUUUUGGAGGGAUGGCAUGGGAAAAAAUAGUUCGCAUAUCUAUUGAGGCAAGCUCGUUCUACGUUCACGUAGGGUUAGGUUUUUUAGUGUAUAUUGUUAAUGAGCACUCGCACGCGUUCGAGUGCUGAUUAGAUUGGCUUGUCUUCUAUUGCUCUGUGCUGUAUAGGGAGUGAAGCGCGCAUUACUGAUUUGUAUACCUGAAGGU